UUACCACUCGCAACGUCCCCUCCAGGUGUCCUUCUCGAUACAACAAAACGCUCACCUAGAGACACAGACCAACAGAUUGUUGAGCGAAAAUGGAAUGAACGACCACGUAAUGAAAAAAGAAAGGAAAUUACAACGACCAUCAAGUUGCAACUGCAAAGUGGGGAACAUCAACAGGGGUUCCCCGUCUGAAACAAGUGCAGAAAAAGUAGAACAAAAUGGUAAGGCAAAUGAAAAUUCCAAUUCUAACACCACAAAUACAGAUCAACCUAAGGGAGAAGAUGAAUCAGCUUCUCAAGAAGGUGAAAUUAAAGCGCUAAGCAGUGAAGGCAAUCACACGGAGGGUAGUAAGACAAAUGAAGAUGAAGAAGGGAAAAAGGAAGACAAUAAAGAAAACGGAGAAGGAGGAGAAAAGGAAUCUGGGAACGAAUCGGGGGAUAAGGAUGAAAGCGCGCACAAAGAAGAAAAAAACACCGAGGAAAACAAAAAUUUGGAAAGCACACAGGCAGAUGCGGAAGUGUCGGAACAUAAACAUGACGAUGUCAGUGCGGAAGAAAGCAAGGAUUCGCCAGACGGGGAAAACACAAAGGAAGGCACCCCUGAUAACCACCCAAACGAGAAGAAUCCAGAGGAUGCCGCUAAUGGCGACAAACAAUAUCACUUAGACAACCUAAAUGACAAGGUACCCCACUACAGCGCACUGAGAAACAACCGAGUAGAGAAAGGAAUAACGGACACCAUGGUGCUGAACGAAAUAAUUGGAGAUAACACAAAGUCCUGUUCCGUGAACAACGGGGGGUGCGCAGAAGACCAAAUAUGCAUACGGAUGGAUAACAUAGGGAUUAAGUGCAUCUGUAAGGAGGGGCAUUUAUUGGGGGACAGGUGCAUUUUGAUGGAGGCGUCUUCCUUCGGUUCGUUUUUCUCUGCCACUCUGUCCGUCCUAUUGGCUUUGCUCUGGAUGUGUCUUAAUUAG